GACCCUGCGCUUUCAGGAAGAUGGGCCCAGGCUGAAGGGAUCCCCCCUGGGCCGCUCCAGCCGCCAGCCGCAGGCGCUGUGAGGCCAUGCGCUUGCUGCUGGCUGACCAGGGGCAGAAUUGGAAGGAGGAAGUGGUGACUUUGGAGGUCUGGGGCCAGGGGCCAGUCAAGGCAUCCUGUCUCUUUGGGCAGCUUCCCAAGUUCCAAGAUGGAGACCUCACCCUGUACCAGUCGAACGCGAUCCUGCGCCACCUGGGCCGCUCCCUUGGGCUGUAUGGCAAGAACCAUCACGAGGCAGCGCUGGUGGACAUGGUGAAUGAUGGGCUAGAGGACCUCAUCAGGCACUUUGGCCAGCAACUUCUCCGUAACUAUGAGGAGGGAAAGGCUCAGUACUUUCAGGAGCUCCCAGGGCACCUGAAACCUUUUGAAACCCUGUUGGCCCAGAACCAGGGUGGCCAGGCUUUCAUCGUGGGUGACCAGAUCUCCUUCGCCGACUACCGCCUGCUGGACUUGUUGUUGAACCAUCAGGUCCUGAUGCCCAGCUGCCUGGAUGCCUUCCCCCUGCUUUCAGCCUAUGUGGCACGCCUCAGUGCCCGGCCCAAGAUCAAGGCCUUUCUGGCCUCCCCUGACCAUAUGAACCGGCCCAUCUCUGCUCGCCUCAAGUUAUGAGCCUGCUGGCACUCCAUCUGGGUCCAGUAAAAAUAAUGAGAGGGGGGGCUGGAGGGAUGGCUUAGCCAUUAAGGCGCUUGCCUGCAAAGCCUAAGGACCUAGGUUUGACCCUCCAUAUCCCAUGUAAGUCAGAUGCACAUGGUGGUAUCUGUGUUUGGAGUU